GCUGCCGCCGCCUCCCGCCUCCCAUCCCUCGCUUCCCGAGGUUGCAAGUCCGCCCAAGCCUUUUUUUUUAUUUUACCCCAAUCGACUCCCCGUCCUUCGUGGCCUUCCCUUUCUUUCUCCCGCUCCUCCCAUCCCGACCGGAGUCGCGCACCGCACCGAGUGGCCCCUUCCCCGGUCUCCCUCGAAUUUCUUGGGAGCCCGUUCCCUCGUGCAGCAUCGGCCUUCCAAGUUCAUCCGUCCGGCCCUGGUCCGGACCUCCCAUUUUGUUCUUCCGGCACCCAUCAUCGGUCUCAAUUCGGCGCGCCUUCUAGUCUCCCAUCGCCACCCGCUUCAUUUCAAACUCGCCACCUGCUCUCAAUAGAUUCCGCAAGGCACAGGAGACGACAUUCGCAAUGUCGGCGGUCGUGCGAUCGACGGCCCUCCGUGCUGGCGGCGCCUGCGUGCGCUGUCGCAAGGGCAAGACCAAAUGCGUCUACGAGAACGGCAGAGCGCCGUGCAAGAACUGCGCAAAGGGCAUGCACGAAUGCUAUUUGCCAUCUGAAUCCAUGAGCCACGGCGGCCACGGGGUGUCGCCGGCUCGAGUCCAGCAGCGAGCGCGCGAAUCUCUGCCUAGCGAGCGGGCUGUCUCAAGCACGUCAGGCGACCGUCAGGCGCCUCCCGCCACGACGGUGUCGCGUCAUGUCUCGACGACAACUGAAAAACUCACUCCCGAGUUGAUGCAAGAAUGCGAACGUGUCAUCACGAAGACGCUCCCAGCAUGUGUGGCCUUCCAUAAGCCCUCUUUUCUUCAGCAGCUGAAGAAUGCGACAAUGGACCCCACGAUGGUCAAUGCACUCCUUGCUACCGCAGCCCGGCACUCGCCGGCCAUGAUUCGCCGGUACGGUGGCCAUGGGGGCGGCUCGGCCGCUGCCGAGCAUUUUGCCAGUAAGACCAUCGGGCUCAUCAUGCAGGCACUGGAUCAACCCAGCCUCGCGGAUAUCCAAGCCCUGUGCCUGCUCGUGAUCCAUGAAUGGGGCUGCCGCAACGCCGUGCGCGCCUACAUUUACCUCGGCCAGGCUGCGCGCAUGGCCCAGAUGUACCGUGUGGUGCAUACACAUCACCACCAGCCCGAUCCGGACCAGUUUCUCCAGGAUGAGUCGUUCCGGCGCACACUUUGGCUCAUCUAUGUUCUCGACUGCUUCCUCACCAGCAGCCCUGGCCGCCACCCGGCUCUCUCGUCGCUUGACGUGAAGGAUGUAUCCCUGCCGUGCCCCGACAUGAACUAUCACUUCGGCAGCCCCGUCUAUGUCCGCACCUUGAGCGGUGCUUCGCCCUCAACCAUGGCCGACCCAGCUGGCCCUCUGGGCGAGGUGGGCGAAUUCGGUCACAUCGUCUUAGCGACCAAGGCUUGGCGCAACGUUGUUGAGAUGAUGACGACGACCACCCUUGAGACCUUUUCGGAGGAACAAUGCAUGGCGCUCGAGCAGGACAUCGAGGUCAUUCGACAGUCGCUGCCGCAUCAUUUUGCGGACAAGCCUGGCCAGAUCACUCUGCACAUCACGAUGGGUAGCGGCUACACAUAUGCGAUGAUCCACUCGCUCCUCAACUGCGGCACCAUCUUCGUGAACCGGCGCCGCAUUCUCCAAGUCGUCACGGAUGAGAACUUUUCGCUCGAGGCCUGGCGCAGCGCCUCAUAUCCGCACGUUCAGGCUGUGGACCGCAUCUUUGCCGCGUCGCACAGCAUCAUCCAUUCUCUGCUGUCCCUCGAGAAUGGUGCGGAUAAGGAUAGCAUCCUCUGCUUCCCGAUCUUCAUGCUAUUCUCAGCCUUCACGGCGGGCUCGACCGUCGCGUAUCUGACACUCAAGGGGCUAGCGCCGCCCGACGUUACCGAAUCCGCUUCGAGCAUUGUUCGCGACAGUUUGAGGCUCUGCCACGAAGGGUCCCAAUCUUGGCCGCUGGUGCUCCCCUGGCAGCGCCACCUCUCUGUCAUGUCCAAGGUCCUGCGCGAGGUGAACAGCACUCCGCGCGACGCUCGCGAGUCCCGCGAAGACAGCAGACAUGCUCAACGUGUGUCGCCCUCGGUCCGGGACGACAUUGCCAGCCAAGCCGAUACAAAUCCGGACGCAAUGGACUACGACCAGGUGGCAGCCCCCAGAGCCCAUGGUGCUCUUUCUUCUGCCGCGGAGGGCCGUGACAGCGAGCCUCCUGUCCCGAGACGGCCCGGGAUCACGACGAUCAAUGGUGGAUCUGCCGGUGCGUCCACCCCGGCCACGGCUAGCCCCCCUCCGGGCCCCAUGCCGAAGGCCGAUUCCCCCGGUGCGACGUCGUCUGCGUCCAUCAGCGGCAUUCCCCAGGCGCCGCAGCCGGGGCCGGAUGUUGACAUGACGGCGAUGGAGCUCUGCGCGGCUUUUGAACGGCAGCUCUUAGAGCUCGAUGACCUGGCCGCUUUCAUGGGAGGUGGAGUGGCUCCCAGCUAAAUCACUGCUAAAUCGGUGUCCACGCUGGCAGUUUGCUUGAUAUGUCACUCUUGUGUCCCUCAUCCGAUUCGGAACCUCGGGUGUCAUCGGGAU